AUGGCGGUGAUGAUGGCUAAGCUCGAUAGUUUAGAUAGAUGGAUGACAAAAAUGGAUCAAACAAUCCAUGCUAUUGGAGUUGGAUGUGAGAACUGUAGAGGGCCUCAUCUCACAAAGGAUUGUGACUUGGAUGAAAAUGGAAACAAGAAAGCUCAAGUGUUCUACUUAAGCGGCGAUCGAUACGACGAGAAAUGGCGGAAACCAAAGAAAGAAUGGCUCCCAUUUAUAGCCGCGUCCGAAAAAAGACACAAUGAUCAUGAUGCUGCAAUACAAGAGACCAGAGAUAUGCUUAGGACUCAGCAAGCAUCUAUUCUCAACAUUGAGAAACAGCUAGGACAACUUGAACAUCAAGUGAACGAGAGAAGACCGGGUCAACUUCCAAGUAAACCCGAGAAUAAUCCGAGAAUGGAGAAUGUGAAUGCUGUGACCUCCAGCUAUGGAGAAAUUUUCACCCAUGCACAGAAGAUCUCCAAGCCUUACAACCCUCCUCUUCCAUUCCCAAUCAGGGUCAUACCUGCUGAAAAGAUUAAAGCAUACAGAGCUUUCAUGGAGCAUGUUAGAGCCCUUCAAGUCAACAUUCCAUUUGUGGAAACAAUGCUUCAAACACCCAAGUAUUUUAACUUGAUAAAGGGCUUCUUUGCUGCUAGAAAAGAUUUAGCUAAAGUCGCGGAGAUAGUAAUGAGUGAGCUACCAGAAAAGAAGGGCGAUCCGGGAAGCAUCAUAAUUCCUUGUCAAUUUGUAAAUGUACUUGCUACUCAAGCGUUGACCGAUUUGGGUGCAAGUAUUAACUUAAUGCCCUUUUCUUUCUUCAAGAAGCUAAAUUUACCGGAGCCAAGGCCUGUGAAUAUGAAGAUCCAUUUAGCGGAUAAGACAAUUAUUAGUCCAAGAGGUGUUUGUGAAGACCUCCUCAUUAAGGUUGAUAAAUUUAUAUUCCCCGUGGACUUUGUGGUACUUGAUAUGGAAGAAGACCCCGAAAUUCCAAUUAAUUUGGGGAGAUCAUUUUUGAAUACCGCAUGUGCGCUGAUAGAUGUAUGCGAGUCCACACUAACAUUGAGGGUAGGAGAUGAGUCAGCAGUGUUUAAAGCUUUACCAGAGAUCAAGCAAGAAGAAGGAGGAAAAGAAGAAGUCUCAUUCAUUAAUUUGGAUGAUUAA